GUCUGAGUCAGCUUCGACAUCUUCGCGCCGCCGGAUCCUCAUAUUCGACCGUUCUUCCAUCAUAAGAUUCGAUACCUGUAGAAAGAGAGGUGCUUUGAAUCAAAGAUCGAAGGAAAUUGAAGGGAGGUCAGACAACUGCUUUUUACAUCAGGGACAAAAGAGAAUAACAAAAACGCACUUCCUUAAUUCAUUUUCCAGAGUCUAGAAUCUACAUUCUAUAGACUUAGGUCGAGAUAUAUUAGGAGAUAAAGUAAGUAUAAUACAGCCCCUAAGCGUUUGUGCAAGUGCUAUGUACACUAAAUCACUUCAUUUUUCAUCUAACAUGGUGUACCGACAAUACCAAGAUAUGGUAGUAGAAUCCUACCACGUACCAUAUAAGUAUAACAUUGCCGCUGGGCUUUCAUCCUGGAUCCUGUUAGCUAGCUUUAUCCUUUUCCCUGGAACAUUCACAUCAUUAGAGCAACACCAAGAUUCAGGAGCGGGAAAGGCUUUAUACCAUUUUGCACAGCGUAUACCGCUUCUUUUGUUCUCAGGACUAUGUUGUCUUCUUGGAGUCAUUGGAACCACCUUCCUGUGGGUGAAGUUCCGUUAUAACUAUGUGUGGUUAUUAAGUCAUCUGAUCAGUCCUGGCCUCCUAAACUCAGUUAGUGGCCUUCUUUCGGUGCUUGUAGGGAUAUAUGCUUCCCAUGACGGCGAGUGGUCUGUAACGGCUAAGGUCACAAUCGGCGUGGUGACCCUAUCUCUCUGCUCUAUGUCAGUUGCAUAUGCGAUUUAUCGUUUCUGGCUACUUAGACGUAUAAGCGAUAUGUCCGUUGGUCAGUACCCUACAGUGGAUCAAAAUGGGCUCGGUGCAACAACGUCGAAUUCUUUAGGUUAA